AUGCCUGAGAAAGAAACCAUUACGCAUGUAGAUGCUGCUCCGCAGCGCAUCAGCAAGGAAAGCGAUGGCGAUGUUGAUGUUGCUGAGAAGGGUCAUUUUGAGCGAGUCAAUCUGAGCAACAACAUUUCCGCAAAGAUCAAGAAUCCCCUUAUCGAUCUGAGCAAAGCCCAAGUGAUUCGUGAUGUGGAGGAAUUUGCUCAGCAAUACAAUGUCUUGGACAUCUUGCCGAAUCUCAAGAAAGGUGCCCUUGUCGCUCGUGAUCCGACUGCAUUCGAGUCAGUCGCAGAUCUUACCGAGCCUGAAAUCACGUCUUUGCGUGAUGAGGUUCUUCACAAAUGGCGCCAGCCCAAGGCACUCUAUUUCACCAUCAUUUUGUGCUCCAUUGGAGCAGCGGUCCAAGGAUGGGAUCAGACUGGCUCCAACGGCGCUAAUCUGUCUUUUCCCGAUGCUUUUGGCAUUCCUGAGAAAGGAAAUGAGAGAAAUCAAUGGAUUGUCGGCGUUGUGAAUGCCGCCCCAUAUAUUGCAAGUGCUGUGCUCGGAUGUUGGUUAUCGGACCCUUGCAACCGCCUUCUUGGUCGUCGCGGUACUAUCUUUAUCGCUGCUAUUUUCUGUGUACUCUCUCCUAUUGGAUCUGCCGUCACACAGAACUGGCCUCAACUGUUCGUCACUCGGCUAUUGCUUGGUAUCGGAAUGGGGCUCAAGGCCUCGACCAUCCCGAUCUUCUGCGCUGAGAACACUCCUGCUGUGAUCCGUGGUGGCCUUGUCAUGUGCUGGCAGCUUUGGACAGCCUUUGGAAUAUUCCUUGGUUUUAGUGCUAAUCUAGCUGUCAAGGAUACCGGUGCUCUGUCCUGGCGUCUUCAGCUUGGCUCUGCUUUCAUCCCCGCGGUCCCCCUCCUUAUCGGUGUCUUCUUUUGCCCUGAGUCUCCUCGUUGGUAUAUCCGAAGAGGCCAGAUGGAUAAAGCUUAUCAGUCGCUUUGCCGUCUUCGUAACACUCCGUUGCAGGCUGCUCGUGAUCUUUACUACAUCCAUGCCCAGAUCCAAAUUGAGCAGAGCCUCAUCGACGAGAGCAACUACUUGUCUCGCUUCGUGGAGCUCUUUACUAUCCCUCGAGUUCGUCGUGCUACUCUUGCAUCCUUUGUAGUGAUGAUUAGCCAACAACUAUGCGGAAUCAACAUCAUUGCAUUCUACAGCUCAACUGUGUUUCGCAAUGCCGGUGCAAGUGAUACGACCGCUCUUUUUGCUUCUUGGGGAUUUGGCUUGGUGAACUUCCUGUUUGCUUUCCCCGCCAUUUGGACCAUCGACACGUGGGGUCGACGAGCAUUGCUCCUCUUCACCUUUCCCCAGAUGGCCUGGACCUUGCUCGCAGCUGGCUUUUGCUUCUAUGUUCCAGGAACUGGGGGUGCUCACCUCGGGAGCAUUGCCCUCUUCAUCUUCCUGUUUGCUGCUUUCUAUUCACCUGGCGAGGGCCCAGUUCCAUUCACCUAUUCUGCGGAAGUCUUUCCCCUUUCUCACAGAGAGGUCGGUAUGUCAUGGGCUGUGGCAACCUGUCUUGGAUGGGCCGCCGUGCUUUCCAUUACGUUCCCUCGCAUGUUGGAUGCAAUGACCGCCACUGGAGCGUUCGGAUUCUAUGCCGGCCUGAAUGUGACUGCCUUAGUGAUGAUCUUCCUCUGGGUUCCUGAGACUAAGCAGCGGACCCUUGAAGAGCUUGACUACAUUUUUGCAGUUCCCACUCGCGUUCACAUGCACUAUCAGGUCACUAAGGUUUUGCCCUGGUGGAUCAAUCGGUACAUCUUCCGUCGCAAAGUCGAACUGGAGCCUCUGUACAAGCUAGAUCACAUAGUUACUGGCGAGGUAACAACGGAUGACGUGGAAGUGUAG